GUCGGGAGCGCUGCCCGCCCAGCCCUGCGCUGACCGGCCCUGCGCUCUCCCUCAUGAGGAGGGGGGCAGAGGGUGAGCCGUGCCCCGCCGCGCCGCCGGAAUGUCCGCGCCCUGCUGCGCUGGCCAGUUGGCCUGCUGCUGUGGUACUGCUGCUUGUUCACUGUGCUGCAAAUGCUGCCCCAAGAUAAAGCAGUCAACCAGCACCCGCUUCAUGUAUGCACUUUACUUCAUCCUGGUGACUAUCAUCUGUUGUGUCAUGAUGUCAACAACAGUAGCUAACGAAAUGAAAACACACAUUCCCUUCUACAAGGAGAUGUGCAAGGGUAUUCAGGCUGGUGAGAUGUGUGAGAAGUUGGUGGGAUAUUCUGCCGUGUACAAAGUCUGUUUUGGAAUGGCCUGUUUCUUCUUUUUGUUCUUCCUGUUCACCAUCAAAAUUAACAACAGCAAAAGCUGCCGGGCAUACAUUCAUAAUGGAUUCUGGCUUAUUAAACUUAUACUCCUGGCAGCAAUGUGCUCAGGAGCCUUCUUCAUUCCCGAUCAGGACACUUUCCUCAACGCCUGGCGCUACGUAGGAGCCACAGGAGGCUUCCUUUUCAUUGCCAUUCAGCUCAUCCUGCUUGUUGAAUUUGCACACAAAUGGAAUAAAAAUUGGACUGCAGGUGCAAACCACAAGCAGAUGUGGAAUGGUUUGCUUGCCCUGGUCACCCUCAUCUUGUACUCCGUUGCUGUGGCAGCCCUAGUCCUCAUGGCUCUUUUCUACACACGUUCAGAGGGCUGUAUGUACAACAAGGUCCUGAUUGGUGUCAAUGGUGGCCUGUGCCUCUUCGUGUCACUGGUGGCCAUAUCACCCUGUGUCCAGAAUCGCCAGCCCCAUUCUGGUUUGCUGCAGUCAGGAGUUAUCAGCUGCUACGUCAUGUACCUCACUUUCUCAGCUCUCUCCAGCAAGCCACCAGAAACUAUCCUGGAUGAAAACAAUCAAAAUAUCACAGUCUGUGUACCUGAAUUUAGUCAAGGCCUGCACAGAGAUGAAAACCUGGUGACUGGCCUGGGUACUACUAUUUUGUUUGGCUGCAUUUUAUAUUCUUGUUUGACCUCAACAACACGUGCAAGCUCAGAGGCACUGAGGGGAAUAUACGCAGCACCUGAAACUGAAGUAGCUCGUUGCUGCUUUUGCUGUUUGCCUGAUGGAGAUGCUGAUGCUGAAGGGCAGAUUGAAAAAAGGGGAGGCCAGACUGUGAUUUAUGAUGAGAAGAAAGGCACUGUGUACAGUUAUGCCUACUUCCACUUCGUUUUCUUCUUGGCUUCACUUUACGUGAUGAUGACAGUAACUCACUGGUUCCAUUAUGAAAGUGCUGAGAUUGAAAAAUUCUUCACUGGAACCUGGUCCAUCUUCUGGAUUAAGAUGGUCUCCUGUUGGGUUUGUGUCUGUCUGUACUUAUGGACUCUCAUUGCUCCCCUCUGCUGCCCAACCAGAGAGUUCUCAGUGUGAAGACUCAGAAGGUCCUUCUCUGGUUUUCUUUUUUUUUUUUUUUUUUUUUCAUGUUAAGAAAAAAAGAUACAAGUAAUUCUGUAGUGAGGAAUCACCCGUUGCCCACUUAUGUAAUGUACCAGCUAAUAACUUUUUAGUCAAACUGAACAAAUUAUUGAAGAAUUUUUUACUUUUUUAAAUUGUCCUGAACAAGAAUUGUCCAGGGGAAAAAAUUUGUUCCAAAACAUUUUAGCACUGAUGUGUGUAGUGUAGGUAGCACAGUUACUGCAUAAACUGCAGUAAGUGAAAUAGUUUUCAAAUAACAGACAAUCUUUGUCUGGUUUCAUUGAAAAAAAUCGUGGUGCAGAUAUAUCUUCUUCCUUCCUGUGAAUGUUGGGUAUCUUCUCCUUUUUAUACUCUUGUAUUAACUUUUAUCUUUACAGUUUGCAGUGAUGAUUUGGACUCCUGUUUUGUACAGCAUAUAAUUCUUACAAGUAGUAUCCAGAUAAUUUUUUUCAAAAACAUAACCAAGUACAUCUGUAGAAAUAGAAAAAAUGUAAGAAUUUGACUUCCAAAACAUAUACUAAAAAUUGCUUAUCUAAAUAUUAAAUGUAUUAAAUUAUUGUAUACCUAGAUUGAGAAAGGAAAGUACCAAUGAUAAUAGAGUAUUUAUUCUCUUAUAACUUUAAAAAGCACCUGAAUAUUUUAUGCAAUUCAGAUCUGGUCCAGUUGUUAACAGAAGGAAUGUUCUAUACACAAACCCUUAAACUCUGAAUUUUGUCCAUCUUUGCUUUGUCAGCGUAACUGAACUGCAAGUUGUAUGUACUGCACAGGGUUUUAAAAUACGGUACAUUCUUUAUUCAGAAUGUUUGCUGUUGAGAAAGUGCUAAUUAAGAGGCACUGCCAGUUGCUCUUAAAUUUAAAAAUGGAGUGCUCAUUUACUUUUCUACCCUACUGUCAAUAGUUGUGUCUAAAGAUCUUGCAGGAUCUUCAGUUCUGUUUCUGUUACUUAUUUCAUGAUAUUUUAAAUAUGCUUAUGGUCAGAAAAGGAUGGUAGUGCAUCAUCUUCCUUUUCUGAUGGUGUGUUGGUUGCAAAAUAUUCUUCCUAACUGCUAUAUUUUUAUAAUCUUCAUUGAUGUUAAUUUUGCUGUUGGGGUGGGAUUGAGGCAACCAAUCCAUUUAUCCACACUAAGCUUUUCCGGAGAGCUUCUGUUCCAAGCAGAGGGUAAGCAGUCAGAAAAACAAAACCAGAAGACACAAAUGUAGCACUAGCUGCCUUACUACAAAUGACUGACCUGACAAUAUUAAAGCCUUCCGUGUCUCUUAG